AAUGUCGAUGCCGCGUCCGUGGCGCCAAGAGGGAAAAGUGUAUACGUAUAGCCGUACAUUAUACACGAUAGAGAAGCAUAGCAGUAGCAGCAGCCAGCAGCAGCAGCGGCAGCGGCAACGGCCAGUUCCCGCUCUCUCGCUCUUUCUCUCUCUCUCCUUCUCUCUCUCCUAUAUAGCGCCGCUCCUCGGGCUCGCUCCGUACAGUUACGGUCCGAUAAUUCGUCCAGACGCACUGCGGACUUUAAACUCUCCCCGAAAGCACACAUAGAGCUACAAGCGACGGCCUCGCCGUGCGCCACCGACGCCUCUACGCUCAUUCCGAUUCUCGAUCUCCUUGGAGGAGCAUUGCAGUUUUCGCGCUCGCCAAGCGCGGUUCAGCAGUGACGGCCAGUUCGUGAAAAGCCGAGUGCGCUUACUCGCGAGAAAAGCAGCGUUUUUCGUUUCCCGGACUUGUGCGCGGACAAUCGAACAGCGUAGUUGUGCACACGCGUCCGCGCACUCCGAGAGGCUCUCGCAAACGCGUGAUCCUGCCAGGAUCAUCGCGGAUUUGCGCAUUUUCAAGUGGCUCGAGCGAUUAGUUCGGGGAUAGAAAAUAUAGAGAGGAAAAUGAGACACAGUGAUUUGUUCGACUUGAGGGUGAAUUGACGGAUUGAUAUCGAUGGACCAGGAGAGUGUUUAUUCCAAGAGAGCUCGAGUUUGAAAGGAAAAUUGAGAAUUUUUUUGGUGUUUCUUCGAAGUGAGAGUUAUUCGCGUUUUCUUUUAAUCGGAGUUAGCUAUUGACAGGAAACAAGACACUUGGGGAUAACGUCGGAACAGAAGCCAUUCAGCGCGGAGUAAAAACAACUGACUUUUCAAAAGAAAGGAGUGAAAUUCGUCAAUAAGAUGUCGGGCCUGCUGUAUACUCUGCUGGGCCUGGCCGCGAGCUCAUCUCUGCACUGUGCGGUGCGUCGGGAGAUCAGCCCGUGCACCUGUCGCCAGGAGGACUUCGCGGCUCCGAUAGUCGCGGGGCCGCCUGUAACCGCUAGCAAUGGACCUGCAACUUCUGUCGCGCAUGCUGUACCGCACGGGGAACGAAUAGAAGUCGAAUGCGAGAGAAUGGAGUCUUUUCACCAAGUGGCGGAAGCCCUUAGUGGGAAGUUUACUCCUGAUCAGCAGAUUAUACUAAGAGUCUCGCAUUCGCAGCUCAGAGAUAUAUCCAAACAUGGGUUUAAAGAGUUGCGGAUGUCCAUCAUGAGACUCGAGCUCAACUACGAUGGUCUUGGAGUCCUUGACGAAGAGAUUUUCGCAGGCUUGGGACGAACGCAGUACUUGAGUUUGGCGGACAAUGAAGUACCGGCAAUACCAAGGAAUAUACUGUCGCACUUGUCGCUUCUGCGGACGCUCGAUCUCAGCAGAAAUCGAAUUAGCCGCAUUGAUGCCGACGAUUUCAAGUAUAAUCCGACAUUGCAAUAUCUGUUGAUGGCCGGAAAUUCUAUAGCAGAAAUGGUGCCAGGAUCUUUGCCCCCAUUGGUCAAGCAUCUUCAUGUUGGUAGGAACCAUCUGAUGAGCUUGAACAGGACUCUGAGGGACCUGAAUCAGCUCGAGUGGUUGUUGAUAAAUGCGAACGAAUUGACUUCCCUGGAUGGUGAGCUGCCAUCCUCGGGGCACAAUCUGAAAAUGCUCUACGCAGCAGACAACAAGCUGACUCACUUGCCCGCGGAAUUUCGGUUUCUCCAUCGUCUUGAGUCUCUCUUUCUGCAGCACAAUCAGAUAGGCAGCCUCGAUGGUACUCUGCAGAAAGCUCGCAGACUCAAGUUCCUCGAGCUUUCCUACAACGAUCUGCAAGUGCUGACCGAAGACGAUUUCCUCGAAGCGGAGAUGCUGGAAGACCUGGAACUCGGUCACAACAAGUUGACAUCCCUUGGAGGCGACGGCAACGUCAACGCCGACGGCACCACCACCGCUAACAGUGCCCUGUACCCCCUGAAAUCUCUGAAAUGCCUAAAUCUCACGCACAACGAGCUGAGCGAAUUCUCGUUCUCGUCGAUUCGCGGACUGCGCGAACUUCGCAUGCUCGACCUGUCAAGCAACAAGAUCGGCCGUCUUCUACGCGGCAGAUCACCGACCGAGCGAACGAUCCUUUCUCCCCUGGUGGUAUUGCAGAAUCUGGUGGAGGAGGAGGGUGAAGAGACCGCGGGGGCGAGCAUCCAGGACAUGCGGCUCCAGCACAACGAGCUCCGCAACCUCGAGGGCUCGCUAUUCGUCGGCAUGAAGGAGCUGCAGAGGCUCAAUCUGAGCCACAACGCGCUCGGACCGACGAUAGCACUGAGGGAUCUGCGCGGCCUCGACGGCCUCCGCGUCUUGGAUCUCUCGUACAAUGAGCUCACUACGCUCGAGGACACGUCCGAGACGUGGCUGCCAUCGCUGGAGGAGCUGAACGCCUCGCACAAUCGUCUGGUGACCCUGUCGGAGCGAGACUUCCGUGGCUUCCCGGGUCUCUGCUGGGUCGACGUCAGCGACAAUCGGAUUAGCACCCUCAAACCGGAGCUCGUCGCCAACACCCGCUGUACCGUCCAUGGCGUGCCCGAUGUUCUGCGCAUCUAUCUCCAAGACAAUCCGGUGCUGUGCGACGCCGGCCUGGUCGACCUGACGGUCGCUCUGGAGGUGAACCACGCGAAGGUCUACGGUGUGGCGAACGACUGUCCGACGGCCCCGAGUCCGACGACGAUAGAACCGCCGACGCCGAUGCCACCCUUGCCGCCGACCCUGAUACUGGCCGCGGCAGCGGCAGCCUCGGGCGGCAACGUCUCCUUCGCAGCGACCCUCGAGUAAACGCUCUCCUCCGUAUCACGGAAUCAAACUCGUCCUCCGGCUGUCUGUCUUUAUCUUUCUACUCUCUCUUCUCUUAUUCUUUUCUUUUCUUCCUUUUUUUCGUCUCCUUUCUCUGUCUCUGUCGACCGACGGUUUUCCGUGCAUACCUGCGCGACGGAAUGCGGAGGGGACACUUUUGUCAGGGGGUCGUGUUUGAGACCCGCGGGAGCUUUCAUCUUGACAGCGUGGGAGCUGCGCACUUGGCAGUUUUGGGGGAGACGUCGCUGCGCGCGCGCACAUCUCGAGAUCGUAACGAGGGUGAGAUUUUUUUUUCGACGCCUGGCUUCUGGCGAACAAAGUAUGCAAGUUUGCCGUGUUGACGAGAGAUUUCGUCGAUGUGCGCGACGCUCUAUUGGCUUACGAUUGCGCGCGUUUAGCGCGAGGAAAGAUAUUUAUUCGAAACGUCUCAUGCUGUGUAGUUUACCAAGUAAAAUAACACUUUCUGCCUACCGAUUUCCCAUAUUAAAGCUAGAGCAAAACUACUGCAUGGAAUAUAACGACAAGUGACGAAGUCGUCUCGCUUAUGUUCUCGAGUUAAUCGUGCAUUCGUGUAUAGAGAAUAGCAAUAACGAUAAUAUUAUUGUAUUUAAAGAACAAAAAAAAAAGAAGAAAAAGAAGAAACACAUGUAAAUAAUCUUCACAUAUUCAUGACGAGCUCGUUGUAAAAUUGUAAGCCGAGAUCAACUGUUUUUGUUUUUUUACUUUCGAGCGAUUGUAUCAGACUCUCAAUUGACGAGAUUAGGAGAAAAAAUUUACAUAUACAUAUGGUUCAUUCGAUACAUUGACUCAAGUAUUAGUAUAAGUAUCAGCGAACACCUUUUUCAAAAUCUUGUAACGCAUACUUCUCGUUAAACUUUUUUAAAUACCGGUCAAUCAGAGACAAUUCCAGCCCUACUCGCCGGUAUUUUUCUCGGCCCGUCGCGCGCGCUCUCGAACGAGAAGAGAAAAACACACGCGGUAUACAAUCUCGAUCUCGCCGUCAAAAAAGAAAAACAGACAGCAGCGGUGAAUAAUUUUCAAUCAAGGAUGCAUCAUCGGACCUUCAAGUGAACGAUACACAAACGAAGCAUCGACGAGACAUCGAUGGCCAAUUGAAUAUAUUCCCCGUGAAUGGCACACAUGAAAGAAAGAGAAAGAGAGAGAGAGAGAGAGAGAGGGAGGCGAAGGGCCGGGGGUCAACAGAAGCGAAUGAAAUCUGUUCGAGUUAGGCGCGGGGCUUUCGCGCGCGACGACGUUCGGUCUGAUUGACAGUGGGCGAUCAAUUGACCCCGAGCGCCGGCUCCGUUGACUUAUGCCAAUGAAGGGACGUGAAUUGUUAUCGACGCGUGCCUCCGCAUGCGUAAUAUCGGGGCCUCCGCGGCGCGAGCUCGCUAUGUACGUACCGAGCUGUGUUUUCUUUUGGUGCGUUUUUUCAAGCGGAAUUUUUAGCGGCGAGAGGGGCAUUUUGAAAGCAACCAGCCGGCAACUGAUAAUCGUCUUGAAAAUACAAUAUAUCACGGUUUAUUGUUGACCAUUUUUUUAUUCGCGCAAUUAGUAUUAGGAUCAUUUUAGGCGUUAGUUGAUUGUCUUGAUCGAAAUUAGAUUUAAAGAGCACAUACUUUACAUUUUACGAGUAAAAAUAUUAUGUUAUAAGUCGAAGCUUUGGAGAUCACCAGAAGAUUGAUUUUCUUUAAAUUAACGUAACUUAAGUGUAUAUUCUACUUUUGUUAAUAUUAAUAGUUUUACGAAAAGUAUUAUAGCGCAUAUUGUUACACGUGUCAUUUUACAUAGCCGAUCAAUCUUUGUAUUUUCUAUGGAAUUUCCAAAUAAAAAAAUAUAUCCAAAGUGUUUGUAACUACUUCGCGAGCUUGUUUUUUUUUUAAUAAUACUAACAAAAGUAUUAUAUAAUAGAAUAUGUAUAAAAUCAUUUUCUCAUGACGCCGCUUCGUCAUUUAAUAUAUAGUGAAAUACUAUAUUGCUCAAUAGCGUACGUUCUUUGAGAGGCUGAUACGAGCGUUAUUAUUUAUCCUCGCAAGAGUACGAUACAUCUUCGGACUUUCCGAGUAGAUUCAAAAAAUUUUUUAUAUCAACGUUUUAUUAUUCAUCGUGCGUAUAUUAACUUUGUAGUCGAUUAGAGAAUAUAUCCUUGCUAAUAAAGAACUUCUUGAAAUGUUCAAAACUUGUCAAAAAAAUGAUGAGGCAAUUCUGAACACUUGUAGUUGAACUUAUAAUAUACUACAAUUAAGUUAUAAACGAAGAAUCUGGAACAUUUUUUUUGUAAUGAACGAAAAACGGUCACGAAAAAAAGUCACUUGCCAAAAAUAUGAACAAUUCUUAAGAAUGAUCUUUGAAAAUUCACUAUUUUAAAUUAUCUAUAAUAUCCUAAUUGAAUUCGACUAAUGAUGUGUAUUAUAGUAAGAAAAAUAUUUUAUUAUACACUCUAUUUAAUGUAUAUCUUAAGGCAUUUGAAUAUUGUUAUUAUUCGUAGAAUUUAAUAUAAAUGCUACUGUAUUACUAAUAACUUAUAGAUUUGUUUAUGUCUAUAUCUACAAAAGUAAAAGUAUUUAAUAUAUAUACAUAUACAUUCAUCUAGAAGAUGUUUUUAAUGAAUUGACUGUACAAAAAAUUAAUGCUAUAAGGAAUCAUGUUUAAUGAAUGAAUAAUGCAAGUUUUCAGAUGUUAACAACACAGUCGAUUUGUUAAUUUAUCGCUACAUUACUUUCACAGUAACAAAUAUUUUUAAUUAAAAAUUUUUAAAAAAAUUUUUAAUUAAAUUUAACAAUAAUUAAUUAAUGUUUUAAUUUUUAUAUGAUUGUAUGUUUGCGUGCAUACUAGGAUUGUAACACUAAACCUAAUUUAAAGUCUUGAUAUCUAAACUAAAUGUUUACAUGGAUACCCGUACUUGUAAAAUUAAAAAAAAA